UCUUUGCAGCACUGAUGACAUACCCAUCCUUAAAUCUUGUUGGUCUUGAUCCAUGGCGCGUUUACAGAUUCAUGAACAGAAGAUCAAUGGAGAGGUCGCACGUCUUUAUUCCUGCCAGUCACCAACAUCUGCAUGUAUGCGCGUCCUUCCCAUAGCGUACCAUACGUAGUGACCACAGACUAGUUUGUUGGCCGCUGGACCAUGACAGCGGAUCAGCUGCGGCGAGAUGCUGCCUUUUCAGGUUUGCUCUGCUCCUCACUCGUAUCAGUCAACUCAUUUUUACCGCAGGUUCAUAUGUGGAGAUGGUCGUCACCAACACAACCUCGAUCCAUCUAUCUCUGAACAACAGAAUCCUCGUUCCUAGGGAAGACUCGAAGCACGCCAAUACACAGGAGGAUAACCGUCUGAUUCUUCGACCAGCCCGAGGUGAUGUCACAGUUUCGCCGGAAGUCAGCUUCAUGCUGCAGCUUGAUAAUAGCCAAGUAUAUCGUACCGAACGUGCCAGUGGCACCGUCAAAGUCGUUUCACAGCUCGAUCCUGACAAGAAAUAUAAGAUCAGAGUCACGCAUCUUGGAGGCCCAGACUCAACCAAUGCCGUCCUUGAGUUCGAAGGCAUUUGGGUAGACAUACCGACAGCCAGUGCGGAAGAGGAUAGAGCCCUGGCUAAUAGCACAGCAACACGGGCUGUCCUCCUCGAUCCACUCCUGCCUGAUGUUUCUACCGAAGACCGACUCCCAGAGAAAAAGCCUUAUCCAACUUUACCAAGAAGGACAAUAGAAAUCCUGACGUCCGAGACAACCAUGGAAUCCAUCGCAGAGGAGGAUCUCGGCGAGCAAAGCGAAAAAGCCGUAGAGAUCAUGAACAGCAGAGUCAACGUCUGGUACAAUCGAUUGAGCACAACAAAUGCAGUGGACACUGCCAUCGUCCCAACAGGCGACCUGCGCCUCUUGCCAGCUACAGAAUCCUCCAUCACUGUCCAAGACCUGUUCUUUCGAUCUGGACCUCCAGAAACAACGCAUUUUGCUCGGCCAUGGUCGUUCCCAUCAUACCAACCGUCGGUUUUGAUACUACAGCUUGGCUUGCUCGAUUUUGUGGAUUUCUACUCCGAUCCAGCCAACCACAACAGGCAUGCCGUGGGACAGUUCAUCAAUGACUUUGCCAAGGCUUACGUCGAACUCAUUCAGACGAUUAGGAGAGCAGCGUAUCCCUUCGACACAACGUCCAUGUCUUCGAGCUUUUCAUUCGAACAGCAAGACGACGGUAGCUACGUCUACAACUCUGCUCCAUCCACUCUUCCAAUCUUCCUUAUAGCACCAUUCUCUGCUUCGCGGCGCCUUGUGACCAAGAACACCAGAUUAGACUGGGUCAUUUCUUCCGCCUUGCGACAGGUGGUGAGCAUUGUGCAAGCUGAAGGGGACACGUCGACUUUUUGGAUUGACACAACGGGUUGGCUGGAUCACAAGGAGGACUUCAUACAGCCAGACACCGACUCUUCAUCGCCUCAAGAACGUCAGCCGCAGCGUCUUUUGAGCCAGUAUGCAAACUUCAAGGUUGCGAGCAUGCUCUCGGACCACAUUUGUCCAUAUGUCCAAGGUGACAACGAGGAUGGUGAACGGGCCAACGCAGCGGAACAUUGUCCAUUCAACCAUUACAGUAAUUACCAGGGUGGUGUUUAUCUUCCCCAAGAUGUCGACUUGGAUAGAGCCAGUCUGGAGCGCAAAAUCGCCAGAAUCAAGGAGCAGUUCAACAUUCAGGCGGCCGAUUCGAACCUUGUACUGCAUGCGUCUGGCCAAACAUUCGGUCAAGCAACCACGGGGAUGUCAUCCACCCGCAGACGCUGAAGGUUGGAGAGACGCAGCACGUCAAGCUUUCGCAUUGAUUUUGUGGAUGGCGGUGUCCUGUACCUCGAAGCGCUUCUACUGAGGGGCCAUAAGUGAACACGGAUACCUACAGGUCAUGAAUCUCAGCCUUGUACUAGCUGCGAUCAAUGCACGUGGGAGACAUUGCAGAUUGAUUGCCCAAAGCAUAACUCCGUAAUGUGUCAUGUACCUCACACCUACUGUAUUUGUUCAAUUGGGGUCUUGAGUUAUGAGUGCCCGAAAGAAGAUCGUCAGGUUGAUCAAUUCAAGGUUAUUGUGAUCGUGG